CGCUCUUUCACAAUGGCGGCUACAUUUACGAGUCCUUCUCAAUUGCUGCCUUUAGAAUUGGUAGAUAAAUGUAUAGGAUCUAGAAUUCAUAUAAUUAUGAAGAAUGACAUUGAAAUAGUUGGAACUUUCUGGGGCUUUGAUGAUUAUGUCAAUAUGGUGUUAGAAGAUGUAUCUGAAUUCGAAAGUACACCUGAGGGUCGAAGAGUGACCAGAAUAGAUAAAAUUUUAUUAAAUGGAAAUAAUAUUACAAUGUUGGUUCCUGGUGGUGAAGGUCCAGAAACAUAAACCAGCAGAUAGAAAUCUCUCAUAUCAUCUUUAUAAAGUCUCAGGAAGACUUCCGCAUCAUUUAUUUUAAUCAUGUAAACAAUACAAAUAUACUUAUAUCUUUCUGUACUACCCAAGGUGUUUUAGAUGGGCUGAGUUUGAAAAACUGGUGUUGAUUUUAUUCUUAAAUAUAUGUAAAUAGUCUUCAGAAAUGAAAUGAAAUGAACUUUUCUGCACCAUGUGGGCUAAUGAUGACGGACAUCGCCAUGCAGGGUGCAAUGAGGGAAAUUUUGCCAGGACAGGACAAUUUCCAAUUGUCGAGGGAUCUUUAACGUGCACAGCUUGUAGCACACGGGGCCUCAGUUUAUUGUCAAAUAGUCUUCAGAAGUACUAGAAAUGUGCGAAAAUUGCAUAAUUCCUUCAAAAAAACUUCAAACUAGGAAUUUUACAAACUAUUUCUAUAGGUGUCUUUUCUUUAUAUCAUGGAGUAUCUGAACUUAACGAGUCAUCAUUUUAACAUUCAUUCGCGGAUAAUUCUGGACACACAUGGAUUUGAAGUCUCAAAUGUCAUCGGUGAGCUGUAAACACUAUGACUGAUUGGCUUAGCUUAAAAAGAAAUUCUGUUUCUGAGACUAAAGUAUGAUUGGUAAAACGUAACAUUUUAAUGAAAAUGCAAUUAAUUUAAAAAUUGUACAAAAUAAUUAAAAUUGGUUUAUUUCG